AUGUUUUCCAGCGUUGAUUUUCUGAUUAUGCUUUCACUACCUCGUUCCCAAACGACUCCCUCGCGAGGUAAAUUUGCGCUGCGCGCAGAGCGGCGAAAAGGAGCUCAGGCCACCCGGCGUCACCUCUUUUCUUUAUCCUUCUCGUGGCCUCUCGCGCUUCGUGACGAGUUACUCGCGCGUUUCGCAACCAAAGUGCGUUAUGAAGCACUUAAUUGCGGGAGCAGGCAGGUGCAUUCAGGUAGCUUGCUGAGGCAGAUAACGUGGACGCAAGUCCAUUAAAAACGUGUGAACGCAAACAAAUUAACUUACAUGGAAUUACCGCUUCUGUUCACAUGAGAUUUCGUGUGAAAAUUCCCCAGAAUGGAGUUUCGAAAACGGAGAAUAUCUUCUCGUGUGGACACACAGCUGUAAACGCUGAAGUUUGUAUGUGCCCAUAAACUUAAAGAAAUUGUGUGGACAUUGCCUCAAACAAUAAUAAUUAAUUCUUAGGUAAUUGUCAUUCAAGAGGAACAUUUUGUACAAAGACGCUUUAUGUUUUCAAGCAGUACAUUUAUUUUCAUUGGUAUUCCCGAAGAGUACAUCCUAGCUAGCUAGCUUUCGAGCAGCAUCGUUGAUGACAGCCCCCAUAAUUACAAAUAUCGGCUCCUGCAAAUAUACAAAAAUACAAAAAUUAUCAUAAACCUGAGCUCGCUACCGAGUUGAUGUUCUCAAAAAACGGAACAGAAAGAGGUGCGGAAGGAACCCACUUGCAUCACCUUACUUCGAAAUGCAUUGGUAGUUUCAGUGAAUAGACCUAUUCGGCUAACUCAAUGUUGUACCCAAUUCAAACCCUUUGGGAAUAAAACGUUUUGUUUCAGGAAUUUCCAUAUCAUUUAAAUAUGAAUGCCACAUUAUAAUGCAAAUGCAAUACACAAAGAAACUUAUCCCCGGGAGAUUUGAAUUGGAUACAACAUUGAGUUAGCCGAAUAGGUCUAUUGAGGUAUUUCUGUCAUUUUUAAUUUUCCAUUUUAUAUUUUAAUCAUUGUUGGGUGUCCCCAGUUAGUCAGUACGUUUGUCACCUAGCACAACAUUAAACUUAAUAAUUCUUACUGGAUAUUUAUAGUACAAGAAUGAUGUUCCUAUACCUAUACUUACAAAGCCAACUUGACAAUUAACCUUCAACGAAUUUUUAUUCAUUUGAAGUAUACUGAAAUUAAUUUACAGAACACGUUCAAUUAAUGAAUCAUGCCUUAUGGCUAGUGCGUUCUUUUAAUUAAAAAUGAGAACUGCAUAAGAAAAUAAAUUAUUAUGAUUCCAUCUAGACUGUAGGAACCUAAUAAACCCUUCUUUUUCCCCUAAUAAGUCAAGGUACCCGCAGUCUUUCAGUAAUUAGCAUAACAUACAUCAAAUAGGGAUGUUGGUGAUAUUAAUUGGCAGUGCCAUCUGGCAGUCUGUAGACAAGCUCGAAGCAAACGAAAAUGGCUCAUUCGGACAAGAAUCUGCCCUAUAAAAGUUCUUUUGUCCAUUUUAUGGCUUUUAUGUGGCUUUGUCAAAAUUUGGCAUAUUCAGGUGAGAAACUGGUGAACUCUGACCAUUAUGUAGUUAUUCAGUCAGUUGCCCAACGAUUUAUUAUUGGCAUUAACUAAGUGUAGUUAUCUACCACUUUUUGCAAAUUCAUGAAAUUUCAUAGACUAUAUAUAGUACUUUUAAUAAAUCCUAAACUGUCGAGGCCCAGAAAUUGAAAAGUAUUACACAACCAUACGCCAAAACGAAGCUAGUGCUUGCAAAAGUGGGGUGUUUUCAGUUUCACAAUAAUGUUUGUCGUGAUCCGCCGAAACAUUCAUUCAUGUUUUUAGAAUGUUCCUUGUCGUGUUGCCAGUAAAGUUGUCGAGUCUUAGUAACUUCAAAUCAGUUCAGCUCCUGCAGCAGUUUCUAUCAUGAGCUCGACAAGUAAAAGUACCGACCUCCAAAGGCACUUAGAGUCACACUUCAAUUUAAAGUUUCCACCAGCUGUCAUAGAUAUUCGGUGAAACUAGGAAUAAGGUAGUGAAGAGAAUGAUAACAUGGCAAUGAAAAGCCGGAAUCACCAUGCUCAUUUCCACGAUACAAUGCUUAAGAAUACGGCUAUUUAAGAGACGUAACGGUUUUCCAUAAAGUCAGCGUUAUCACCACAGUUAGCCCAAGAUCAAGAUAUGAGCAUAUGCGAACAUCGGCAUUGUUGAGUAACAUUCGAAAUAUAAGGAUUUGUAUGGGAAAAAACCUAUCGUUUCUGUAACCUACGAAAGUUGUUUUUUUAUUGAAAUCCUUUCAUUUUCGUAGGUUACAGAAACGAUAGGUUUUUUCCCAUAUCAACCCUUAUAUUUCGAAUGUUACGCAACAAUGCCGAUGUUCGCCGAUGCUCAUAUUUCGAGCUUGGGCUACCUGUGUUAUCACACAGACUUGACUCUUUUGUUCUGUUUAUGAAGCUGCGUUCCUGAAAAAUGCCUUUGAAUACUUUGAAGUUGUUUUCUACUUUACGCUCUAAAGUAGAAUAAAUCUGGCUUUUGCUCAAGGUAUCGGUGAUGAAACUCGACAUACCACUGUCUGAGUUGUACAAAACAUUACUUGACUCAACUCGUCGAGAAGAAAAUUGGAAUCUACUGUGCAUGCAACGCUUUAAACCACUGAGGAAGAGGGAUCACCCUCGAAACGUCUGGAUUUUCGUACUUUUUCAACGCACAUUUUGAUAAACUUUGUAAAAAUCGCAAGAAGAAGCCUUGUUUGCGGCCUUUGUUCCUACGGUUAUUCGCAGUGAAAGAUGCGCAAUUCAAAAGGACGCCGUGAGUUUUAGCGCUCGUGAAAGAAAAAGCCGUACAACGACAAAACAUGAAAACAUUUUGAUAACGAUUCAUUUUUGACAAGAAACUUUGUUUAACCAGACUAAUUGUAGUGUAUUGAAUCAAGCCACCCGAACUGAGUGCAAGUCUGAGUCUAGUUCUUUUCUCUAUCAAUCAUGGCUGUCGCCAGUCGAGCUGUUUACCAUACGUCUUUCACUGAUACUAUUCUUUACUUCAUUCAAAUCACACUCAAUUAUAUUACUAGUAUGCAGUACAUUCCCUCCUUUCUUAGAGCUGAAAAGCUGGGGCGAAUGGGUCAUUUUUAGACGGAAAGUUCUUUUGGGAAAAAAUAAUGACGUUGAAUUAAGUUGUUAAUACUCAGAAAAGACAAUUAAUAAUUAAUGACAAGAAUUGCAGACAUGUUUGCUACUGGCUCAGUAAGAUGUCAUUAACAUCAAGACACAGGCAAUAUGUUUGUCUUCUGGAUAAUACUUUAUAACUGAGAUAAUAUAAGAUGAAAAUUUGGCUAAACAAGAACGCUCUUACAGCGGCUUGCUUGCUUGGCGGAGAUUAGAUCGAGAAAUGAGGAGGCGAUUAAUUCUACACGAAACAGAAUUUACUCUCUAAAAGUUUUUUAUUUCCUACUUUAUCGAGGAUAAAUAUUCUUUUUAUUUGUUUCUGAAUUGAUUUAAUACGCGUGUUAACGACGACCGGAAAUACGUCUCCGGUCCCAGGCUGUACGCGUGUAUUCAUGGCCUCGAUUCCAGAGAUGCGUACUCAUCACAAGACCAUUUGCAUACAAUGAAAGUUUACAACACUCGACCAUCGCAGUUUUGCUAAUUAAGAUUCUUAUUUUUUUCAACCACUCGCUAGUGUUCCCGUAAUCCAAAGUAAUCAACACUUUCAACCGAUCGAAUUCUUGGACCGACACGUUUCGGAAAAGCUCUAAAUUUAAUCCCUCCUUAAGCUUUCUUGACAAAACAUGCGUGGCUUCGGUCACGCAAUGAUUCUUAUUCCCAGUUUCCACGAUCUCCGCUACGAACGCUUGGCACAAUGACCUCCCUUUUGUGUCAUAAAUACGAAGAAAAACGGCUUGCAGAUUAUGAGUCUCGCUGCCUACACAAGCGAGACUAAUUAAACCCAGGAUUUUUUCUGUCCCAGUUAUUACAACUCUUACUUGCUGUUUACAUGGAGGGAGAAAGAUCCCAGAAGGCGGAUCACCCUGGCGCCAUAUGUUUUCUGCAUUCGGUUUGCAUACAAAAGGUAGUAGUUGUCCUUAGUGCUAGGGUCUUCCUUUUUGGAGGAUCUUAAGGUAGGAAGAUCCUGGCAACAUGUAAACUGUCUUUGCUCGGAAGAUCUUAGAACUGAGGACAAACUAAACAAAAAUGGCAACAGGUCGUUCAGUGCAUGGCUAAUCCAUAUCACGGCAAUAAAGGCCGACAUUUUUUUUUAUUGCGUUACCGCGAGCUGAUUGUGAUAACUCUGCUGAAGGGUAGUUACUAACGCCAGUAAAGACGGCAGAAGGGUCCAAAUCGCAUUUUUGUUUUUGUCGCCCGCUAUUUUGAAUUCCUUCUCGAAGUUCUAGAUCCUUCUCUACUUGGUACCAGACAAACCGAAAUUUCACGUAAACCCAACGAAAAGUUGUUCCUCCUUCUGGGAUCUUUCUGUUACUAGGAUCUUCCUCCUUCCAUGUAACUAAUCAGUCCCUUGAAAAAUGAUAUUUAUUAAUAUUAAUGAUAAUUUCUAUGUGCACAAGAGGUUAAACUUUAAGUUUUUCUAAUCAUGCCAGCUGAGGAGGGCCGCAUCAUAGUGUUUAAAGAACCUGUACCAAACAAAGUCAUGACAGGUCACGUAAUCAGAAGUGAAACCGCACCCAAUGAAGGGAGCUGUCGAGUGAAGUGUUAUAUGGAGCCCAACUGUGUGUCCAUCAAUAUGGGACCAUUGACAGGAGGACAGAUCAAAUGCGAAUUGAAUAACGCCACUGCAGAAAACGAAUUUGUGUUUGAUCUAAGGACCAAAGAUGCCCACACUUAUCUGGCCAUCGAGGUAAGCGCUUUUGUUUGGAACUCAUCUUAGAUACAGAGUCUCUAGAGACCUCGGUGACGAGGCUGUUUAUAAAGGUUAAUGGGGGCUGACGUUUAGUUUACAAGAAGAUCUAACGUCAAAUUUUUAUUGCGCCAGUGGAAUAGCCUGCGUAGCAAGCGUUUCCGGUUGAAAUAUUGCGCGAAAGUUGGGGCGAGAGUAAAAUAAAUGCUCUCGUCCCAGCUUUUCUCGACGAGCUCAAGUGGAAACGCUUGCUACACAGCCUGCUACUAGAACUUAGCGAGUUUGAUAUCAAGAUCGCUUAAAUGGUUCGUUCAAGACGUUUUUGAACAAACAAACGACAAUAAGCCUGUGGCGAUAGGAGCAUUUUAAGCGCGAAUGUACCAGCGAGUUAAUAUUCAAAUUAUUCAAAGUCUUGUUUAUAUAUUUCGUAAAGUGAGCUUCUCAAUGGGUGAUUUCAUUAGGCUACCUUAAUACCUUACUUUUUUGCGUCUAACGCUGUAACAAUUUCUCCUAGAAACGGGGUUAAUAAAUAAAGAAGUUUUCGUCUCUGAAAGGCAAAUUAUUUGCGGUAUGAAAAAAGAUAUACGGAAAUUUAUCAGCAGCGAGACAAGGCACACACACGGCUUUCACGAUUUUUACGACUAAGAAAUCAAACAUUCUACAUCGGACAUCUUACAUUACACCUGUUGACUCUAAUGACUGAAGUUUUGACUUCCGGCAAUCGGCUUGUCCAUUCUUAAGCCCUCUAAUAUACUUAUAAUCUGGUAGUUGUUUUUGAUUGUUGCUCCUUAUUCCAGAAUCCCUGCAGCAGUAGUCCAUGUCUACACAACGGAACAUGUCAAGCUGGAUUCACAAGUAAAGGGUUUCGUUGCAUAUGUCUUCCUGGAUUCCCCGGAACAAACUGUGAAGGUACGUGCAUGCAACAAUUUUUACUGCACAUUUGGCUUAAACAAUGCAUUUAAAGAGAGAUCAGCAUUGGGGCCGUAGUAAGAGUGAGGCAUUUUUUCGAGGAAUGCGCAGAAGGCUAACGUUCGCUUUCUCUUCUUCCCAGCUUCUUUUUCUUUUCUUUCUUCCUUAAUUUCUUUCUUCUAUUGGACAUUCCACGUCUUCUACUAGACUUCAUUUCAGUGGGAAACGUUUCGCUAAAGUCCCGAAGAUCAAGAACUUUUUUUGAAAGGGAGUAAGGCUCUUGUAGUGUCAACAAAGAAGAUUUUCAAAGGAAUUUUCUGGUCAACUGUAGACGUUUUUGAGUAUUGCUCUGUCACGUUUAACUGAAUCGCGCACAUUUGGGUAUGGUUCGAACGAUCUCACUUUCCUAUACAGUACAUGUUAGCGGUCAAAACUGUCCAUGAACGUAAGAGUGAUGACGUCACAAGUGAUACAAUGGACGAUGAUAUGCAUUGUCGGUAAUGGGUGGCUCGAGUAUAAAUGGGUUAAAGCAGUGUAAAACUGAUGAAGCCACAUGCACACCAAGGAAUUCGAAGUGCAAGUAGUCGUCAGUUGGUUCCUGGGGAAUAUCCCAAGGGCUUUGAUUUAUAACUAAUCCUGGUUAUUUUCAAUCACUGUGUUUAGCCAAAUCAUGUAGUGACCUAAAGAAGAUUGAGCCUAGAGCAGAAAGUGGAAACUACGUCAUUGACCCCGAUGGAGAAGGUGGCUUGCUUCCUAUGUAUGACGUCAUCUGUGACAUGACCGACAAAGAUGGGGUUGGCGUGGCAGUCAUCAGUCACGACAGUGAGAACAGAACCUUGGUGAAAGGAUACGACCGUAAAGGUAGCUACUCGCGUGACAUUCAUUACACAGGAGCGAAUCUGUCUCAGAUAGCGAGUCUCACCAGAGUCUCCCUGCGCUGUGAGCAGUUUAUCAAGUAUGAGUGUUAUCAUUCAAGGUUACUGCAUUCCAAUAAUAAAGUUCCAUUCGGAUGGUGGGUGUCACGUGAUGACGAUAAGAUGACGUACUGGGGCGGAGCAACUGAAAAUGGCAAAUGCGCCUGUGGAAUGAACAAUACAUGUGCAAAACCCAGCCUUGGUUGUAAUUGCGAUAAAAAUGACAAGAACUGGCGUGAAGACAGUGGUUUCCUCACUGACAAGACAAAGCUUCCGGUCAAGCAGCUCAGGUUUGGAGACACUGGAGAUGACAUUCUCAAGGAACAAGGUUACCAUACUCUGGGGAAAUUCAAAUGUUAUGGUAUGGCCUGA